UCAUGUAGAAGAGCAGAUUUCAUAUGAAGAUGGGAUUGUUGGUGUUUAUGCGUAACCUGCUGCUAGCCCUUUGUCUCUUUCUGGUACUUGGAUUUCUUUAUUACUCUGCAUGGAAGCUGCACCUUCUCAGAUGGGAGGACACAAAUUCAGUGGUUCUUUCCUUUGACUCCGUUGGACAUACAGUAGGCUCAGAAUAUGACAAACUGGGCUUUCUUCUGAAGCUGGACUCAAAACUGCCUCCAGAACUAGCAUCAAAGUAUGCAAAUUUCUCUGAGGGAGUUUGCAAACCUGGGUAUGCAUCAGCGCUCAUGACUUCCAUCUUCCCAAAGUUCUCCAAGCCAGCACCAAUGUUCUUGGAUGAUUCCUUCAAAAAGUGGGCACGGAUCAGGGACUUUGUACCUCCCUUUGGAAUUAAAGGACAAGAUAAUCUGAUCAAAGCCAUCCUGUCAGCAACCAAAGAGUAUCGCCUCACUCCAGCCCUUGACAGUCUCAGCUGCCGGCGAUGUAUCAUUGUGGGAAAUGGAGGAGUGCUUGCAAAUAAGUCAUUGGGGUUGAAAAUUGAUGACUACGAUGUUGUCAUCAGGUGA